AUGUCCGCCAACGUGCUUGCGUAUCGUCCACUGGCUGGGCCGGUGAUCGCCAUCACGCACCGCAUUGCCAUGCGUGACAGUCAGACGAUACCACAGCUCGGUUUUGGCACGUAUCGCCUGCCCGCCUCGGAGGCCACUGAUGCCGUCGCCUUUGCACUCUCCUGCGGCUACCGUCACGUGGACUGCGCCAAGGCGUACGGCAACGAGGCCGCCGUCGGGGCGGCGCUCGCACAGGCGCUGCGCACCCGGUGCACCCGCCGCGAGGACCUCUUUGUUACGUCGAAGCUGUGGCCGACGGACCAGCACCCCGACCACGUCGAGGCCGCCUGCCGCGCUACCCUCGCAGCACUGCAGCUCGACUACCUCGACCUGUAUCUUAUCCACUGGCCUGUGUGCAUGCGGCACACGCCGCAUUGGACCUCCGACGAGGACCGCUACCCCCGCCACCGCGACGGCACCCCUGCCAUCGACACCUCGGUGACGCUGCUCGACACGUGGACUGCCAUGAACAGGCUGGUGGACCGUGGGCUGGUGAAGUCGAUUGGGCUGGCCAACUGCACCACCGCCCAUGUGAACGACCUCGUGAAGGUGGUCGCAGAGGCCAAACUCGCCCACCUGCCCGUACUCAACCAAGUCGAGCACCACCCCGGUAUCGUGGACGGCGAUCUGAUAGCCUGCCUCGGCUCCCACGACAUGCUGAUGGCGGCCUACUGCCCACUCGGCAUGCCGACCCGCGACACCCCGCCGGGCUUCCAGUCCCUCCUGGACGACCCCGUGUUGCGGUCUCUGAGCGAGUUCAGCGGCUUCAGCCCGGCGCGACUUUUACUGAACUGGAGCGUCGACCGCAACAACGUCGUGAUCGUGAAGUCCGCCAACCGGGAGCACAUCAAGUCGAACGCCAAGGCAGCACGCUUUGCGCUAGAUGACCGGACGCGGCUGAUGCUGGACAGCUACCACCUCCUCGUGCGCAACUUCCGCGUCAUGAAUCCGACGCACUUUAGCGCCGACGGCGCGACGCCGUUCUUCGCGGCCGAGGAUGCGCGCUUGCAACGCGAAAUCGACGCCUGUAGGUCGACAAGGACGGGAACCACGACAGCGCCGCCCUCGCCGCGAUCUUGA